AUGAUUGCGUUACAAAAUCAAGCCAUCUUACCUCCCGCCAAAGUGGAUAUCUCACUGCUACUGAAGUCCCAGGAUGAAGAGGAGGCCGCCUCCGUGACCACAGCGCCUAGCUUUGCGCCCAGCGCGAUACCACAAAUCUCGGUGGCACCAGCGAUCCCAGUGGCGACUGCAGCAUCGUUGUCUUCGGUACCUUCAGUGCCCCCUCUUACCUCCAAAAUCCCAACCACCGUCCCUGCCAAGCGUCUUCAACCAGCCCAUACAGCAGAAUCGCCGGCGAAAAAGCAAUCAAAAUGGUCCCCCGAGGAGGAUGCCCUGAUUAUCGAGUUACGAGGGAGUGGAAUGAAAUGGGAGGAUAUUAGCAAGCGGCUACCUGGGCGAAGUGCCAUCAGUUGCCGUCUUCACUACCAGAAUUAUCUGGAACGCAGAAGCGAGUGGGAUGAGGACAAGAAGAACAAGCUUGCGAGAUUAUACGAAAGAUUCAAGGCAGAAAUGUGGUCAAAGGUAGCCGAGGAGAUGGCCAUUCCCUGGAGAGCUGCAGAAGCCAUGCAUUGGCAACUAGGAGAACAAGAAAUGGCACGCCGAGCGGGUGUAGUCCCGUUUUCAUUGUCGAGCGCAGCCAUAGAUCCGCCAGCGCCCAGGACACGCCGAGCCAGCACGUCUCUGUCUCGACCAAGGAAGGGAUCGGCCUCACGUCCAAUUCCUCCGCCGCCGCAACUUCCUUCUGUUGAAGAACUUACUGCCGGAGUUCCUGCUUUUGCACCGCCCCCGCCCUUUCCGGGCCCUCGCGAAGCUUAUAGGUUGGGGCGACCCUUGGAUCUUAGUGGCGGUCACGGUGGCCAUAUAGGACCCAACCUCGGUCUCCCCCCUCGAACCCUCCCGUAG